AUUUAUUCGAUAUGUUGUCUAGGCUCAGACUUCGCCAUAUUCAUCGACCCCCAGGUGCCUCAGGUAGCUAAGAAAUAAUGUCACCCCUGGCCAAGUUAGCCCCUGAAGACUCGAGAGCAGGCUCCACCUGCGGUGAAGGAGCCAUGCUUCGCCUUUGGAUACAGCUGUAUGCCUUUCCGUCCUCGACACUGACCCGCAGCACUGCGAAGUCACAUCUGAGAGUGAGUUUGAUUUCCUCCUUGAAUUCAUUCAACAGCCACCUCUACUUCCCAGGUCUGGUAUGCAAUCACGCCUCAUACAUACCAGAAUUCCUGCAGAACAUCUGGACAUCGUCGUCAAGUUACCGAAGAGAAAAGAAAAACACCGGCCACGCAGCUGCAAUCUCCGAAAGAGAAUCUCUUUCCCCAGCCAGCAGUCCUGCAGUGAUGACAGAAAACUAUAUCCGUGGCGCGCUUCGAGACGCGUGGAACGGCAUCUGCACCUCAGAACAACGCGAAGUCGCCACGACCAAACUCGUUAAGGCUCUAAACCACACUGUCAAGGCCUGGGAGUGCUUGGUAAUGGGACUCCUCGCCCUCGAUCUCGCAAUCACGCUCUACGGCCUCAGCGCUAAGAUCUCGGACGCCGUUAUCCCCAUCCCCAACGAGGUCGCCAUCAUCGCCUUCACUGAACUUAUGGUUCUCGUUCAGCUUAUGCAGAUACUCCUCCCAGUGUACCCUGCGGAGGAGUUUGAGAUGUUUGCCAUUCCGCAACAACUGAGAGAGAAGAGCGUGUGCAAGUGGGUGAGCGGCGUCUUUGGACUGCAGGAGACCGAGUUUCCUGCACGUCGCGACGAGAUGAGCGGGAACAACCUGAAGGCUUUUGGUGUCUUUCUCAUCCCCAUCGCGGCCGCUGUGGUAUGGAAGUGGAGGAGGGUUCGUCGCCGCCAAAGGGAAAUGGCGAGGAAUGAGCAAGCGGCGCUUGUUGCCCAGGCCUUUCGUAUGUGGGACGCUUAGAGAAGGGACAACUGAGGACACAGCCUCCAAAAGAACAUUGCUUUCAUCUUUCGAUUUUCAAGGGUGCUCAAUGAUGCUGUGCUAUGUACAUGAACAUAAGGUAACUGAAGAAAAGAGAC